AUGCUCUCUUCGGUUCGCGCAGGCGCGCGUCGUCUUCCUCGCCAUGUGAGCCGGCUCCAGGCUGUCCGGCCCCUGGCGACAGCCUCGUCGUCGGUGUUCCCCAACGAGCCUCCGAAGCCGGCCGUCCAGACCGCGAUUCCAGGGCCGCGAUCCAAAGCGGCGCUGGCGAAGCUGGAAAAGGUCUUUGACACGAGGAGCAUGAAUUUCGUGGCCGACUAUGACAAGUGCCACGGAAAUUACAUUGUCGACCACGAUGGCAACGUCCUCCUAGACGCGUUCGCCCAAAUUGCCUCCAUCCCUCUUGGCUACAACAAUCCGCACCUGCUCGAGGUCGCCGACACCCCGGAGAUGCGCAGCGCCAUCGUCAACCGCCCGGCCCUCGGCGCCUUCCCAUCCUCCGAGUGGGCGGACAUCCUCGAGACGGGCCUGCUCAAGGCCGCGCCCAAGGGCCUCAGCCAGGUGCUCACCUCGAUGACGGGCUCCGAUGCCAACGAGUUGGCCUUCAAGGCCGCCUUCAUCUGGCGGCGCACGCAGGAGCGCGGCGGCGCUGACUUCACCGCCGAGGAGCUCGCCUCCGUCAUGAAGAACGAGGCGCCCGGCGCGCCGCGGUACUCGAUCCUCUCCUUCGAGGGCGGCUUCCACGGGCGCCUCUUCGGCAGCCUGAGCACCACCCGCAGCAAGGCCAUCCACAAGCUGGACAUUCCCGCCUUUGACUGGCCCGCCGCGCCGUUCCCGCGCCUGAAAUACCCACUGGAGGAGCACGCGGCGGAGAACGCCGCCGAGGAGGCCCGCUGCCUCGCCGAGACGGAGCGGCUGCUGGACACCUGGCCGCAGCCCGUCGCCGCGCUCAUCGUGGAGCCGAUCCAGUCCGAGGGCGGCGACAACCACGCCUCGCCCUCCUUCUUCCAGGCGCUGCGCAAGGCCACCGCCGCGCGCGGCGUGCUCAUGAUCGUCGACGAGGUGCAGACCGGCGUCGGCGCCACCGGCCGCUUCUGGGCGCACGAGCACUGGGACCUGCCCACGCCGCCGGACAUGGUGACCUUUUCGAAGAAGGCGCAGGCGGCCGGCUUCUAUUACAAAGACGCGGCACUGCGCCCGGACCGGCCGUACCGGCAGUACAACACGUGGAUGGGCGACCCUGCGCGCGCGCUGCUGUUCCGCGGCAUCCACGAGGAGGUGACGCGGCUGGGGCUGGUGGAGCGCACGGCGCGCGUCGGGCGGUACUUGUGGGAGGGGCUGGAGGGGCUGGCGAGGCGGCAUCCGGGGGAGGUUCAGAACCUGCGCGGCAAGGAGAGGGGCACGUUCAUCGCGUUUGAUAGCCCGAGAAGGGAGGAGGUGCUGGCGAGGGCGCGGGCGGGCGGCCUUAACAUUGGGGCGAGCGGCGACAGGGCGAUCCGGCUGCGGCCGAUGCUGGUGUUUGAGGAGAAGCACGCGGACAUUUUGCUUGACAUCUUGGAGAAUGCGAUCAAGAAGUGA